UCGAGGUCGCUCACAUGCACUCAGCGUUGUUCGCAAAAUGUCGGAGUUUAUGUUGACGGGAAUUUUUUUUGUACUCAUGUAACAUUGAUGCCAAAUUAUAUUUAGUAUAGUCUAGCGUCGUUCAACUCAAAGAACUUCUAAUCAUGUCGUUCAACUCAAUGAACUUGGACGACAGACUCUUAAAGGGCAUAGCGAAGCAAGGAUGGUCAUCACCUACUCCUGUUCAGUCCGAAGUAAUCCCUCUUGCCAUGGACGGCAAAAGUAUCGCUGCAAGAGCAAAGACUGGCUCGGGUAAAACUGCUGCCUAUCUCAUACCAAUCAUCCAGAAAGUCAUCGAGCACAAGGACAAGAAAAAGGAAGGGGUUUAUGGUAUUGUCAUCUUGCCAUCAAAGGAACUUUGUAAACAGGCCUUCGAUCACAUCGUCCUACUAACUGCCUAUUGUUCAAAAGAUGUCCGAUCUCUAGACAUCGGAAAUAAAACAGUGGAAAAUUCAAAGCCGUUGCUUUCAAAAGGUGUUGAUAUUGUAUUUGCUACUCCAAGCAAGCUUUUGUCAAACUUGAAAAAUAAGACCUUGUCAUUGGAAAACCUUGAAUCGCUCGUGAUUGAUGAGGCAGAUAUAAUGUUUUCAUAUGGGUAUGAAACAGAUCUAAAUGAGCUUCUUGAUUUCUUGCCUAGAAGCUAUCAAGCAAUGAUGCUUUCUGCCACCCUGUCAGACGAUGUUGCAGCAUUAAAAAAGAAGUUUCUAACAAAUCCCGUGAUAUUAAAAGUUGAUGAAUCUGAUCUCCCUGAAGAGGCUCAGCUUGCUCAGUAUCUUAUAAAAUGUGAAAGGAAUGAUAAAUUUUUGUUGUUAGUGACACUGCUAAAACUUGGUUUAGUAAGGGGAAAGACUCUGAUUUUUGUGAACAACAUAGGCAAGUGCUACAAAGUGAAACUGUUCUUGGAGCAAUUUUCAAUCCAGGCUUGUGUUCUAAACUCAGAGCUACCUCAAAACUCCAGGGUACACAUUGUUGAGCAGUUUAACAAAGGACUCUACGAUAUUGUUAUAGCAACUGACGAGGCCACUGUGAUCAAACAAGGAGCUGAUUCAGAAUCUCAAACAAAAUCUGAUGUGGAAAAGAGCAAAAAACAGAGCAAAGAUAAAGAGUAUAGUGUAUCAAGAGGGAUAGAUUUCCAAGGUGUUGAAAAUGUGCUGAAUUUUGACUUUCCAACAAAUCCAGAGUCAUAUAUACACCGUGUAGGGAGGACUGCAAGAGCAGAUAAUACAGGCACUGCAUUGUCACUUGUUGCCAUUGAUGAUGAACCAAACUUAAGAGAUGUGAAUUUGAAGUUGUCAGCUUCACCAAAUGACAAGGAUUCUGUGUUGAAGCCAUACUUGUUCAAAAUGGAAGAAAUUGAAGGUUUUAGAUACAGAGUAAAUGAUGCACUGCGAGCAGUGACUAAAGCUUCUAUAAAAGAAGCUAGGCUAAAAGAGAUAAAGACAGAGAUAAUGACUUCACAAAAGCUAAAGUCAUUUUUUGAAGACAACCCAAAUGAUUUGAAAGUCUUGCGCCAUGAUAAAACUUUGCUACCAAAAAAGCGCCAGCCUCACUUAAAGAAUGUGCCAGACUACCUUGUGCCAGCAACCUUAAAACCAAAGAUAGUCAGGCCUAAGAAAAAGUUCAGAACAAGGGAUACCACAGUUCAUCAUAAACAAUUUUCUGGUAAGAAAAGAAAGAAUGAUGACCCACUGAAAACAUUCAAAUUUGAAAGGGCAGAGAAGAAGAAUAAAAAGUAGAAUUGCUAUUUGCAUAGUAGGCCUGCCUUUGUUCAAAAAAAAUUUAUGACAAUUCAUUGAUAACUCAGCUAGACAGUUAUUGUUCUAUCAACAACUAUUAUUGAAUAGUCACAGUUGCAUUGAAAGUGAUGAGAUACACCCAAGACAUACCAUUUUUACUUUCAGAUGGAUUUCAAGAGAUUCUAACCAUCACAAGUUUUACUUGUUUUUAGGCUUUUGUCAAACUUUCACAGCAAUGUAAUCCCUUUGUAGAGAAAAAAUAUGGUAUUAUUUUAAGCUCUUUGGCUCCUUGCUGUAGAAAUAUUAGACUGUAUUUGAAUUCAACCACCGUGACAUUUUCCUCCUUAUAAGAUUUAUCUAAAAUUUCUGGUUAUGUUUUAAUUCCUCAAUUUUUCAUUCCUGCAAUCAGUUAGAAAUAUAAGCAAAGCUAACUGACUUUUUACUCUAAAUAGUCAUGAAAAGAUGGUGUUCUUGGCAUAAGCCAUGUGUUUUUUUACCCACAACUACCAAAAGGCCAAACGAAACCAAUUGAAGAUUUUAUGGUUUAUGAAAUUAUGAGAAUGAAUAUUUUGAAUUUAAAAAUUACAAAUCUUUUGUUGUCACUAUUUGAUUCUGAAAUCUCAUUAUCACUCAUCUUUCUGCACUUCUUGCUUUUCAUAUUAUUUGCUUUGUUGGUUUAAAUGUUAUUAGAAAAAUGUUUGAAUUUUUCAUGCAAAAAAUUGUGUCGCUUUUCAUUGCAGUAUUUCAAUAGGCCCUGCAUAAUUUCUAUGCUGGAGUUUUAGAAUUUUUAUCUCCCUUUACUUCAAUCUACUGUGACUUUUUGUAGUUUUGUCCAUUUUUUAGACACACAUCAAUUACUGGCUUUUAAAAACUGUCAGCUUUCAUAUAACAUCAAAACUUUUGAAGAAACA